CGACUUGAUCAUCCUAGCAUUAUCUUCAAGCACUUCAGCAAGGAUCAAAUCCAUUCCCUCAAGGAGAGGAGACAAGAAACUUGGACAGAAUACGGGACCAUAUCACUUGUGGCAAAAAAGUAGCUAGGGGACUAGUAUCUCUUGCUCCAUCCAUUCCUGUCUACAAAAUCACUAGUCACGGCCAACUCCCUAAGGAUACACAAGCGAUAGUAAGGUGACUUGAACACGCGAUCUCGAGACCUAACUAGGCUACCCCGAAACUAUCCGAGUCAACCCAAGGGACUCUUGCUUCAUCCUUUCGUGUCAACAAAAUCACUAGUCACGGAGGAGCAGCUGAUCAAGAGUACAAGAUAAAUUUAUUUGGUCAUAUUAUUACACACACAUGGCUGCAGCUUGUAGUGGCGGAGACGAGAUCCAAACAGCUAGCGUGACAACUUAUUUGGAUGAGCUACAGGAUUGUACCAUACAUAUGGCAUCCCAGCUUCAUAAGGUGGCAGUGAUCGGAGCUGGUGUUUCGGGCCUCGUAACUGCCCGGGAGCUUCAAAGAGAAGGCCAGCAGAUUGUGGUGUAUGAGAAAUCAAACCAGAUUGGUGGAGUGUGGGUGUACGAUCCUGAAGUCGAGACUGAUCGGCUUGGCCUCGACGCUAACAGGAGAAUCAUUCAUAGCAGCAUGUACGAUUCACUUCGGACAAAUCUUACUAAGCAACUUAUGGAAUUUACAGAUUAUUCCUUCACAAUCGAGAAAAAUGGUAAAUAUUUGUAUUUUCCUGAUCGCAAGGAGGUGCUCAAAUUCUUGAAUGAUUUUGGUAGAGAUUUUGGACUGGAUCACUUGAUUCGGUUUAAUACUGAAGUAGUUUCUGUUGAGCAAAAGAAUGGUAAGUGGGUUCUUGAGUCUAAAACAAGUGAUGUUGAUCAAAUCAAUCAAAAAGAGCUUUUCGAUGCGGUCGUGAUUUGUAAUGGUCAUCAUACUCAACCAAAAUUGGCAGACACUCCAGGAAUUAAAAAGUGGCCCGGAAAACAAAUUCACAGCCAUAAUUAUCGCGUUUCUGAUCCUUACAAGGACCAGGUUGUGGUUGUGAUUGGUAACGGGCCAAGUGGCUACGGCAUAGCCUUUGACAUUGCCAAGGUAGCCAAAGAAGUUCAUGUUUCAUCAAGAUUCCCACAAGUUGAAGUCAGAAAACUCGAGACCUACGAUAAUGUAUGGCAGCAUUCAAAGAUCGAAUAUUGUCAUGAAAAUGGUGCGGUAGCUUUCGAGGAUGGAGCUUUGGUUGCUGCAGAUAUCAUAAUUCACUGUACCGGGUAUAAAUACGAUUUUCCAUUCUUGAAAACAAAUGGGAUAGUUACUGUGGAUGAUAAUCGCGUUGGACCAUUGUACAAGCACGUUUUCCCUCCACGACUUGCUCCUGCACUUUCUUUCGUUGGCAUCCCAAAACAGACUCUCAAUUUUCGUGUGGCGGAAUUACAAGCCAAGUGGGUGGCGCAAGUGUUGUCGGGAAAGGUCACUUUGCCGUCCAGACAAAAGAUGGUGGCGGAUGUGGAAGAACACUACCGACUUAUGGAGGAAACCGGCGUUCCUAAGCACCAUACUCACACGUUUCUCAGCUGCAAUGAUACGUUUAUAUACUUGGACUGGCUAGCUGCUCAAGUAGGGUUACCACCGACUGACGAGCAACUGAAAAGGAUAUUUGAUAAACUUGUGGAACUCGCUACGAUUUCACGGGUUGGAUUUAGAGAGCGGCUGGUAGAGAGUUGGCCUUUUUAAAGACAAAGAUUGCGGCAAGGUUAUCUCAGUCUAUGUUUCUUGGCUUCCAAAUUUGCAAUAAUUUUCCGGACCACACGAAUAGUGUUCUUGUGAAGUCUUUAGCACUCUUUCCUUCAGUACCUUUUUACUGCUCUUCCAUCGUUUUCUGAGGUGCCCUUAUUCACAACUCAACGAAGAGUACGAAUUUUACUGUGCAAGUGAAGAGGGUGAUGAUGUGAUUGCAUUGGCAUGAAUGGAGCUGCUUGCUCCAGCAGUCCAACCUAGACUUUCUAUCCUCCUGUUCAUUCCUUGUGAGUUUUCAGGAUAAGUGAUAUUCGGAUUUUCAAAAGAACUCUUUCUUUA